AUGUUGCUACCUCAAACAUGGCCGAGUGCCGGUGAGUUGCGAUUCAAAGACGUCUACCUACGCUACACGGAACAGGGCGAACCCGUACUAAAAGGGCUCAAUUUUGCUAUCAAGUCUAUGGAGAAGAUUGGUAUUGUAGGUCGUACUGGCGCAGGCAAGUCGUCUAUCAUACAGGCCAUCUUUCGGUUGGCGAUAAAUGAGGGCUCCAUCUUGAUUGAUGACAUUGAUACUGGCACAUUGGGUUUGCAUGAUUUGCGCAGUCGCAUCGCGAUCAUACCGCAGGAUCCGGUAUUAUUCUCUGGCACAAUGCGCUACAAUCUCGAUCCUUUGGAAGAGAAGGUAGACGAAGAGUUGUGGCGUGCAUUGGAGGAUGUGAAACUCAAGGCGUAUGUGUCUUCUUUGGAAGGUGGGCUGAAUUGUCGCAUGCACGAUGGGGGUUCGAACUUCAGUAUGGGUCAAAGGCAGCUGGUCUGCAUGGCGCGGGCUAUACUGAGGCGCAACAAGGUGCUAAUAAUGGAUGAAGCGACAGCGAAUGUGGAUCCAGA